AAUCCCCAUGCAAAACUCUUGAUGACAAGACAGACACCGCCGGUUCUCAUCCCGAGCUGCGCGCGAGCCUCAGCAAACAGCAGCAGCAGCAGGGGACGCGCGCGCGAGCUCUCACGCCCCUUUCUUACGAACCGAAAGUUAGGGAGUAUCGAAAGUGAGCGUUUAUUUUUUUUGCGUAGAGCUAAACGAAGAGGAGCGCGAGCUCAUUUAUCCAGUACAGGGUGCAGACAUGCGGGGUUUACAGCAGCGCGAGGGCCGCUGAGUCGAUACAAACUAACUAACGCGAGGACUCGCCUGAGCGGACAGAAGUGUUAUCCUGUCAUUCAAGAACAGAGGAUGGAAAGAGACUGCAUUAACUGCCAAAAGAUGCAGUGCCCGAAGUGUGGUCACGUUGCUGUGGAGGAGACGGCGAAGUUCUGCAGUCAGUGUGGGGCGUUCCUGAUAACGCAGCCUCCUGAGAAAACUCAAGACAGAACUCCAGAAGUGUCUCUCCAGCCUGCAGAUAUUCCUCUGGAUGCUGAUGCAGAGAUGGAGGAGGUGAAGGAGGAGCUUUUAGCACUGAAUAGUUCUGGAACGACCAUCUCUCCUAAACGGCCGAGCGACAACAACGGCCCGAACCCUAAGAAAAAGAGAAAGAAAAAGAAGAAGAACAAGAAGAAAGCGUCAGAUAAAGAGGAGCCUCUAUCUCUAACGUCUAAUCUCUCAGACAUCUCCCUGUCUGAUAAAGCCAUGGAGAUCAGACAGGGUGAGGUCAUGACCUCGGACAGCGAAGAAUCUACCUGUGCAGUGGAUGAGAUUCCCGACUCGCUCUCAGACACACCUGUCCAUCCCGAGAACAAGUCCAGUGUAUCAGAUGGGGCUUCAGAACAAAUGUUGGACGACUGCAGUGAAAGACGUGGAGCUGAAGAUGAGCCUGGAGAAGAUACUGAGAAGGUCAGCAAGAGUUCAGGAGACGAAAAAAGAGAAAAGAAAGAAAAGACAGACCCGGUUCUGCAGGAAUCCACUGAAAAAGGUCCGAAAAAGGGCUCGGCUUCUUCAGAACAAAGGAAGACGACCCAUCAGGACCCUGUAGCACCGCAGGAACAGAACCUGCACUCUGAUGCUGAUCUGCCCAGUGCAGCCCCACCCAGCUCAGGUCCAUCAUCCUCAGAACCGGAUCUGAUCAGUGACCAAAAGAAGCCUAAAACUGGGUCUAAAAACCAAAAGAACCAGAAAGAGACGUCUAACAGAGCAAACGCCACGCUGGACCAGAACGCCAAUGUGGAGCAGAGCCCCAAUGUUAGAUCCAGUCCACACAAGCAGAACCAGAAAACUAACCAGAACCAGAACCAAGAAAGCAAGACCACUGCUGGGAAUAGUGGAAAAGUGUUUGGGCCACCGAGCAAACCUGAGGUAAAGAGUGGAGGCUCCAGUGUGGAUCCAGAUGUAAAGCAGGGUCAGCAGCAGCCGUCGACUCCUAAGAAAGGUGAAGCUUCAGGUGGCGCCAAAACUGAGCAACCAAACAAAAAAGCAGAAACAGAGGCUAAGAAGGAUGCUCCACUUCCAAAGAGGAUUCCCACUUCCACUCAGCCCGUUUCCUCCAGUGAGAGACUCAACAUCUAUUUCCAUGCUGUUCUAUCAAAAGACUUCAAGUUUGAUCCAAGUGAAGAUCAGAUAUUUGUUCGGGCGGGUGAUCUGAUUGGUGAUUGGGAUGAUAACUUGGUGGAGCUCCAUGUGACACGGGAGUUGGGAGAACACGGGUUUCUGGUUGAAGGAAGAUUGUCGACCACGAGAAAAGCAGCUGCAGUGUCGAUCCCCUACAAAUACGUAGUGCUCAAGAAGAAGAAGGAGAAAUAUGAGUUUGAAUAUAUUUAUAAACUGGACUCAAAUCAAACCACUAACAGGUGUCUGUUUGUUAAAACGCAUCUGCUUAAUGAUGAAGGAGAAUGGCAUCAGUAUGAUGAUAUAAUCUGCGCCGAGCCGUCUAAAAACGUGCUGAAGAAGCUGAAGGACGCUCUGUGGCCCGAUCAGAGGAAGAGCGUAAUCGAGGGGCGAGAGAUCGCCGGGAGGUUCAUGCUGGAGAGGAUUUUUGAUCUCCUGAGUUCCUGGAGUGAAAUAAACCUGAAGAGCUUCAUCAGCCAGCUGAGACAGUUCCACCAGAUCUACGGGAACCCCUUCGUCUUCGAAGAGAAACAGAAAAAAUGGUUCGCUUUGAACUACGACGAAAACGACGUGAGCAACCUCCUGAAGAACUUCAUGCUGAAGAAGGUGACUCCGGCUCUGCAGAAGGACGGCAGUGGGAACGGUGAUUAUAUUAAAGAUCCUCUGAAGGCUGCGAUCAUCAUGCUGUACGUGUGGAAGCAGCACAAUCUGAAACUGGACCGAGCUGAGCUCAACCGGCUCUGCAGCGCCCUCUGCCUGCCUAACCGACCCAAAGAGGAGUUCCUUCCCUACUGGACCGACAUCGAGAAAUCAUUUUCCUGCCUUAAAAAUCUGCCUGACCUGUUGGUGGAUCUGAUGAACAUGGUGAAGUUGGACGGGAUGACCCGGUGGAUUGUGGUGAUUCCUCUCCUACAUCUUCUCAAGGGAACCUCGAAACCGUUUGAAGCUGUUUCACCUGGAUCAAUCACUAGAAAUGAGCAGACCUGGGCGGGACUGCAAGGACUGAAGCUAGCCAGUACAAAUCACCUAUCUUCACAAGACAGAAGGUCCAUGCUGAACCUGAUGAAGGGGAAUCUUCACCUGGUGGAAAUGGACAGACUGGUGUCUCGGUCGUGGCUGUAUCUGAUGAAUAUUGAGGAGUUGAUGGAGUGCAGCACUGUGGUUCACGUGGAGCUGCUGGACAUGUUGCAGAUCUUCAUUCUGAAAGCUCCUUCUGAUAUUUUCUACAGUAAUUACACACAUCUCUCCGAUACGUUGUCAUUUAUUCAAAGCCAUCUUCUAGAACGAAAAUACAGCUGUUUCUCUGAUGAAUACGGACGGGAUUGCUUGGCAGCAGCCGUUAAACUUCUGGAAAAAAUGUGCAAAGCAGUCAGAUCCUCCUACACCCAGAACUUCACCGACAUUCCCGUCGCUUCCCUCUAUCUGGUGGUUUCAGUUUCAGAGUUCUGCCAAGCUCUCGAUGCACAGGAGAAACAAAAUGGAGAUUCUCUAAAUGCAAAAGUUCAGGAGCUUUUAUCAACGACUUUGAGGACCAUCAGAUCUUGGAUCGGACAGACCUUCAAGUCCAGACUGUUGCACAACCUCACCCUGAGCGCCAGCCUCACUUCAGAGAUUGAGAUGUGGAACAACAUCAUGUCUGUGAACUUUCCGAGUAAAGAAUUCACACAGGAGUGGCGGGAAACCUUUACUAGAGAUUUCGAAGGGAAAUUUCAGCUGGAGAGCUCUAUAGAUCAGGUGGAGGUUUACUGUAACAAGAUCGAGGAACUGAACGAAACCUUUCCUCACGUGGCGAAAUGUAUAGAGAAGUGUGCUCUGCAGGCCGUCACCUCCAUGUGCCAGGCGAAGACUGAGGGUAAACUGUUUGAGAGAAUCAGGAUUAACUGGAAGUUUGGGAAGCUCAUCUCUGCGAUCAUACAGAAGUCCUGGCCCAGGCGGGAGGGCGGGGCUUACAGGGAGGAGCAGGAAGUGGUUCUCCAGCAUCUUCUCGACUGGACCGCAGCCAAGAACAUCUUCCAGCUUCAUGGUGCUGAUGAGAAACUGAUCGAUCAGCUCACUGAAGAGGCUAAAGAGAGACUUGCCAUUGCGACUUCAUUAUUCACCGAUAUCUCACACCAGCUUAUCACAGGAAAAAUCAGGAUAAAGGUUCUCAAUCAGAUCCUGAAGAAGAAGGACACGUUUAUAGAGCUGGUCAAAAUAGAUUGUCUGUGUGAGAAUGAGCAGUGCAGGGAUGUCGGAGCCAUGAAGAGACUUCUUCAGCUGCGGGAGAACGAGGUGAAGGCCAUAUAUCACGACAGUGAGCUGGUGAAGGGGUUCGUUGCAAUGUGCCGGAAACUUCAGGAGCACCUAACAGUUGAUCUUGAAGGUCUAGAAGAACAGCACCAGAUCGACAUCGAUCACAUGCAGCUGGUUGAGUUCAUGGAGGUUCAUCCUUUUAACCAGAUGUCUUCACUGACGGCGGGUGUCGUCUCUUACUUUGAUCUCGAUGAGAACAUUCGAGCCAUGGCCGAGGUUCUGCACACGUUUCAGGAGAGCUACACGUUUAAGACAUGCUGGGAGAACCAGGCCAAGGACUUCGCCGAGAAGAACGAGGACGACAGCUUCGGCUCGGACGAUGAAGCUGAGCAGCUGGUGACGCCCGACGUGAUCUUCUUCGAUAUCUAUCAGCCGUGCUACGAGCAGUACAGGAAGAUCUACUCCAGCCUGAAGAACGGCAGCAUGAGCUUCGAGGAGGUGGACGUGAUCUUUAAGGCGUACGUUGGGAAGUACGAGGACCUGGUCGAGGACGUGACGGUCAUGUGUAAACUGCACCCGGCUGAUGAUAAGCAGUGGAUCCUGAGACGAGUUCAGCAGAUUGAGCAGUACCACGAGCUUCACCUGGCCGUGGAGUCGGCUCAGGUGGUCAUGAUGGUGAAGCACACGCUGUGUCUUCAGGGAGAUUUCCAAGUGCUGGAGAAGCUGCUCGUCGUUACACAUUUGGACUUUAAGAAGGAGCAUCUUGAUAGUAUUGAUAAUGAGCUCAUGCAGGCCAAAACUGUACUUGUGGACAUCACUGAGCCUCGCAGACUCUGCCUCCAGGAGCUCGGCAUCAGGAAGAACUUCGUCAUGUGGGUCAAAGAAGCUCUAGAAGAUAUAAAUGAGUUGAAGGUGUUCGUUGACCUGGCGUCCAUCUCCGCGGGAGAGAAUGAUCUGGACGUGGACCGCGUGGCCUGUUUUCACGACGCGGUUCUCGGCUACUCCUCGAUGUUGUACGAGUUAAAGCCGGAUGCUGGAUUCACCGUGUUUAAGGAGGUUUUGAAGAAGCUCUGGAAGGCCCUGGAUAACGACCCCAACCUCCCGAAGAAACUGCGGGACACCGCGAGACACCUGGAGUGGUUGAAGACGGUGAAAGACAGCCACGGGUCUGUGGAGCUGUCCUCUCUGUCCUUGGCGUCGGCUAUAAACACUAAAGGAAUCUACGUGAUCAGCGCAGAAAACCAGAAGAAGUUGAGUCUGGAUAAAGUCCUGAAACUUAAAAUUCCUGAGAUGCAUGAUGAGGGCCUGGAGAUGCGCUGCUACUCGCUGGAGGACCUGCGGGACCUUCAGAAUAAGCUGAUGCUGAUGUCGGGGAAAGGAGAUCAAGGCCAGAUUGAAGUCGAUCAGUUUGCAGAGGUCUUCGCUGGAGUUCAGAGAUUAGCGUCUGCGUUUAUCGACCUGUUCGUAGCUGGAAAUCCACUGUUCCGUCACUGGGAAGCAAACAUCAACUGCAACAGCGAGGAAACCUGCAUCAUAAUGGACUUCAACUUAGGGGAUCUUGUGAACGUGGUGAUGGUGAAGGGUAGCGUGGCGGAGCAGCUCCCGGAGGUUUGUAAGAAGAUGGAGAAGUGCUUGAGCUUUUGGAAGGACUUCAUGGAUAAGCAGAGAUCUCAGCAUUACUACCUCAACUACUUCACGGCGGAGCAGAUCGUGUAUUUGUGCGGUCAGCUGACUCAGAAGAACGCCAAGAAUCUGGAAGACCAGGCUCUCAUGAUGCUCUCGUUCAUCAAGCCCAACUGCAGUGCGCUGGAUCUGAGGGAGACGUGGCACGAGCUUCAGUACGAGAUGCUGAAGACGCCUCAGGGCCAAAACGAAGACCUCGAUUUCCAGACGUUUGUAGACGUGCCCGUUAGGAUCGAGAGCGGCAUGGCUAUCGAGGAGGAGUGUUCCUUCGAGCUGCCGGUUUGGGCAGAUCCAGAACAAGAGCAGGAAAGGCUUGAUGCCAUUUGGAACGAGUACAUGAGGAACAUGAGCGGCUUCCUUCCUUGCUCUUUGGACGUGAGAAGUUUGGGAAAACUUCUCGAGAUUUUGGCGAAUAGACCUACGGAGGAUGUUGAUGACGACGACGACGAUGGUACGGACGUUGAUAGCGCUCUAAAGGAAAGGCAGCGAGGAAUCGUACAUCGAGAGCUUCCAACAGGUCUCAGCGCUGGAAAACCCAAUCUGAUCAUCUGCCCGUCCUCAGAGAUCCUGACCUCCUGCAUCUCCAUCUACAUGAGCAGCGAAGACGAGGCGAUGCCCACGUACGAUGAGGUGCUGCUCUGCGCUCCCUCCACCCCGUACGAGCAGGUGGAGCUGUUCCUCCGCCGCUGCCUCAACUCCGGCUACCGAGGACAGAAGAUCUACACCAUGCUGUUCAUCGAUCAGCUGACGUACGAAGUGAGCUACAAGGUGGAGCAGUUCUUCCAGCGGCACAAAGCUCAGAGCAGGAGCGACUACAGGCUGGUGCUGAUCUGCAGCUCCGACCGAGAGCACACCUACCUUCCCUCGGUCUUCAGUCAGUACCGGCUGCACAUGGUUCCUCAGGAGUCGCUGAGCAGGAUUCAGCGGUACCUCGCCAGGCACUACACCGUACCGCUCGACCAGUCCAGCGCUGCGGCGGUCUUCAAGCAGAGGAAGUGCGUGGGGAUUGUGUCCUCGAGAAGAGCAGGCGUCGGUAAAUCUCUGUACAUUCGUCGGAUGUACGAGAAACUGAAGACAAUCACCAAGAAGCAAUCUCAGCUCAAAUGUAUUCGACUGAUCGAACCCAGAGUAGACGAGAACGCAGUUCUCCAGUCGAUGCUGAACAGCCCUAAAAAGGGACUCACAGUCUUCCACUUUGACGUCACUUCCUCUGUACAGAAAGGCCUCCAUGAGUUUCUCUUUAGGCUGCUGGUGUUGGGUUAUCUCAUGGAUUCAGAAGGAAGGAUGUGGAAAUGCAGCAAUCGGCACUUGUACAUCAUUGAGGUUCUGCUCUCUGAAAGGAAUGUGCACAGAAAUGGCCCGAGACCUGGAUCAAGUGACCAGUCCCCUUUCCUAAAGGUCUUUCCGAGUGUCCACUGCCGAGCUCCUAAAGAGGUUCUAGAUCUCGAGAUGAGGAUGCAGGAAGAUGUAUACAUAACUGAGGAUGAAGACGUCCCUCUAAUGGACGAGCAGGAGUUUAGAAGUGAGGCUUACCAGCGUCCAUACCAGUAUCUCAAACGCUUCCACAAUGGAAUUAACCUGGAUGGCUUCCUGUAUGGAGGAAUUGAAGGCACACAUGUGGAAUGCCUGCAGAUGAUGUUCAUGUACUGUGGUGUGAUGGACCCAUCGUGGGCCGAGCUGAGGAACUUCGCCUGGUUUCUGAACCUUCAGCUGCAAGACUGUGAAAAUUCAGUUUUCUGUAAUGCAGUUUUUACAGGAGACACUCUGCAGGGCUUCAAAAACUUUGUGGUGAACUUUAUGAUACUCAUGGCUAAGGAUUUCGCCACGCCCUCUCUAAGCAUCUCCGACCAAAGCCCUGGGCGGCAACAGAUCGAUCUUACUGGAGUUAGCGAGGAAGACCUCGCUCCAUUCCAGAUUAGGAAGCGUUGGGAAUCGGAGCCUCAUCCUUAUAUCUUCUUCAACGAUGAUCGCGAGUCCAUGACGUUCAUUGGGUUUCAUCUACAGCCGAAUGAGCAGAACGGCGUAGAUGCCAUUGAUCCAUCGUCCAAGAGGGUAAUCAAGAGGAACAUCAUGUCCAGAGACUUGUACGAGGGUCUUACGCUUCAGAGGGUUCCUUUCAACAUUGAUUUCGAUAAACUCAAAAGAGGCGAGAAAAUUGAGCGAAUCUGCCGUGUUCUCGGAAUCCAGUGGCCGCUUGACCCUGACGAAACCUAUGAGCUCACCACUGAUAACAUUCUGAAGAUCCUAGCGAUUCAUAUGCGCUUCCGGUGCGGGAUUCCAGUCAUUAUCAUGGGCGAGACCGGGUGUGGGAAGACGAGGCUCAUCAAAUUCCUCUGUGAGCUUCAGCGAAGUGGAGUCGCUACAGAGAAUAUGAAAUUAGUCAAAGUUCACGGUGGAACGAAUUCAGAAACGAUCUACACCAAAGUUCGAGAGGCCGAGACCAUUGCGUACGUGAAUAAGCAAGAUUACGGCUUCGGCUCUGUGCUGUUUUUUGAUGAGGCUAAUACGACCGAAGCCAUCAGCAGCAUUAAAGAAGUUCUCUGCGAUAAGACUGUAGAGGGCGAAGUCAUGGCGCAACACUCCGGCUUGCAGAUCAUUGCUGCUUGUAACCCGUACAGAAAACAUACAGAUACCAUGAUCAAGAGGUUGGAGUCAGCUGGUUUGGGUUACAGAGUUCGAGCAGAAGAAACCGACGAAAAGCUUGGGUCCAUUCCACUCCGCCAUCUUGUCUACAGAGUGCAGGCUUUGCCUCCUAGCAUGAUUCCAUUGGUUUGGGACUUUGGACAACUCAACGACUACAGUGAGAAGAUGUACAUCCAGCAAAUUGUCCAGAGAGUUGUAGAAAACCAUGCCUUCCACGAGGACUACAUCAGGACCAUUACCGACGUCUUGUCCGCAUCGCAGAAGUAUAUGAGGACUAGAAAGGAUGAAUGUAGCUUUGUAAGCCUGAGGGACGUUGAGCGCUGCAUGCAGGUUUUUGCGUGGUUCUACCAGAACAGCGAAAUGCUACUCUCAGAACUUGCCAGGUAUGAGCACGGUCAAGGAGGACAACGAAACGAAGAAACCCAGAAUGACCUCCCUGAAAGGAACCCUAUUUUGUGGUCGCUGGUGAUGGCGAUUGGUGUGUGCUAUCAUGCCUGCUUGGAAGACAAAGACAAGUAUAGGGUCAAGAUCUGCAGAUUCUUACCACACUCUUAUACCCCAGUGAAGUUACUGCAGGAAAUUUCGAUUAUGCAGGGUCUUCUCUUGAGUGGCGUCCCACUGGGCGAAACUAUUGCAAGAAACAACGCUUUGAAAGAAAACGUCUUCAUGAUGGUGAUCUGCAUCGAGUUGCGAAUCCCUCUCUUCUUGGUCGGGAAGCCUGGUAGCUCCAAAUCCCUGUCUAAGACUUUGGUUGCAGACGCCAUGCAAGGCCAGGCAGCUCACUCUGAGUUGUAUAAGAAACUGAAGCAGAUUCAUCUGGUGUCGUUCCAGUGCAGUCCUCAUUCCACUCCCGAAGGUAUCAUCAAUACUUUUAAGCAGUGCGCCCGCUUUCAAGAGGGCAAGAAUCUAAACGAGUACAUCUCGGUGGUGGUGUUGGAUGAGAUCGGCCUAGCUGAGGAUUCUCCCAAAAUGCCCCUGAAAACCCUUCAUCCUCUGCUUGAGGAAGGAUGCAUCGAUGAUCAACCGUUGCCUCACAAGAAGGUUGGAUUCAUCGGUAUCUCCAAUUGGGCGUUGGACCCUGCAAAGAUGAAUCGAGGGAUAUUCGUUUCCCGUGGAGAUCCUGAUGAAAAAGAGUUAAUCGAAAGUGCCAAAGGUAUCUGCUCAUCGGACGCAAUGAUCCUUGACAAAGUUCGUGACUUCUUCCAGCCGUUCGCCCGAGCUUACACCAAUAUCUGCAAGAAACAAGGCAAAGGUUUCUUCGGUUUGCGGGACUACUACAGCUUGAUCAAAAUGAUCUUCGCUAUUGCCAAGACGGAACAAAAACCCAGUGCUGAGCAUAUUGUGGAAGCUGUGUUGCGAAACUUCAGUGGCAAGGACAACGUCAAUGCCGUCAUGGUUUUUACCAGUAGGCUUAGUAUCAAACCUAACCUUGAGAGCGUCAGCGCCAUUGAACUUGUGCGGCAAAACAUCACGGCGAUUGGUCAAGAAGAAGAGUGCAGGUACUUGCUGAUUCUGACCAAGAACUAUGCGGCUCUACAGAUUCUGCAACAGACAUUCUUCUCGGAUCAGUACCAACCGGAGAUCAUCUUUGGGUCAAGUUUCCCAAAGGACCAGGAGUACACACAGAUUUGUCGCAACAUCAAUCGUGUCAAGAUUUGCAUGGAGACCGGCCAAACCAUCGUUCUUCUCAAUUUGCAGAACCUCUACGAGAGCUUGUACGAUGCCCUCAAUCAGUACUACGUUUGCCUUGGAGGUCAGAAAUACGUAGAUUUGGGGCUUGGAACCCAUCGCGUAAAGUGUAGAGUGCACAAAGACUUCAGGCUCAUCGUCAUUGAAGAGAAGGAGGUCGUCUACAGGCAGUUUCCCAUUCCUCUGAUCAACAGGCUGGAGAAGCAUUACCUGGACAUCAACACCGUUUUAAGAAAUGAACAAAAGGAACUUGUCAAGGAGCUCGAAACUUGGGUUGAACAGUUUAUUGCACCCAAAAACCAGCAUUCUGUCACUGCCCAGGCACAGAGAUACCACCCAGCAGAUGUUUUCAUCGGUUACCACUCUGAUACUUGCGCUUCGGUCGUUCUGCAAGUUACAGAAAGACAGAAAGAAGACAUGGACGUCUCUGAUUCCGACCGACAACUGAUGGACGAGGCCAAACUCAUCCUGCUGAACUGUGCUACACCAGAUGCAGUGGUGCGCCUGGACAGUACAGCCCUGUCAAGAGUGGAAAGUGAGCAUCUAGCGAGGGUCUACUUUGAAGACCAGAAGCACAGUUGCCUUGCGGACUUUGUCCUCAGCCAUACCCUGCAGGAAGAGAGGAGCCAUGCCUGUUUCACUGAGAUCACAACCUUCUCCAGACUUUUAACAAUAGCGGACAUUGGGCAGCUACAGGAAGUGGUUCAGAACAUUGAGCUUCUUGCUCUGCAGCAGUUUGAUACAGAGCAUUCCUUCCUGAAGAAGAUCCGGAACUUUUUGGACAGCACCACUGGCAAUAAAAUUUUGGUAAUUCAGACGGAUUUUGCUGAAGAACUGCAGAGCUCUAAUCUCAUUGCAUCGGCUAAAUAUUCCUCCAUCAAUGAGAUCAACAAAUCCAGGAAUGAGGAGGACAGUAGGAUAUUUGUCUACUUUAUUACCAAACUGCCAAGGAUAGAAGGUGGAACCUCUUAUGUUGGAUUUCAUGGAGGUCCCUGGAAGUCAGUCCAUAUUGACGACCUCAGAAAAUCCAAAGAUAUCGUUUCUGAUAUCAAAGCUUUGCAGUGUCUCACCAUCAGCCAGCUGUUCGAGGAGAAGGAAAAACAGCCUGAAGCGAUGGAGACUGACGACAUGUACACAGAUGAAGAGAAAAUGAAUCACGAGGACAGUGUUAGCUGGGAGAACGUUCUGGACACCACAGCACUGGUGCGUUGCUGUGUGCAGAGUGCUGUGGGAAUGCUGCGGGACCAGGGCGAGGCUGGCUGGCGAAGCACCAGACGAGUCGAGAUCCUGUUAACUCUCCUGAACGAAGGCCAGGAACUUCAAGCCGCAUUUCUGAAAACGAUGAAGUUGCGUCUUCAUUAUCUGUUGAUGACUCAUGAUGAGCACACUGUCUCAGCCAAGAACUGGGUUUUUAAAGAGGCGUCUAAUAUUGAUGCACUUCAGGAGGGCGGCACCUUCAGGCAUACUCUGUGGAAGCGAGUUCAAGCUGUAGUGAUUCCGUUUCUGGCUCAGCUUCUCUCUGUUAUCGACCGCGACCGUAAUCUGGACCUCCUGCUGGACGUGAACUCGGGUGAAGCGGUGAAGAAGCUGUGGUUGGGCAUCUUCGGAAACGUGAAGUUAUUGAAUAUUCCCUACACAAGAGUGGAUUCCAGCUCAGUGACGAAGACGUUUCUGGUGCAGAACUACAUUUCUGAGGGCAGGAAUAUGGGCUGCACCAUGCCCUUCAGCUGGAAGAUUAAAGACUAUUUGGAAGAGCUUUGGGUGCACGCUCUGCAUCGAGAAGGUCACUCCCAGCAGCAGUUUGAAGAGUUCUUCUGGAAGACUCCGCUGGGCUUGUACAUUUCAGGAGCCGAGGAGGAGAUUCAGAUGGAGUUCUUCCAUAGAUAUCUUCAGGACUUCAUCUGCUUGACCAUGAAUAUAUCAUCAGAGGUGGAACUACAGCUGCUGUCUGGAGCCCUGCAGUGCUGCGUUAACGAGCUGAGAGCCAAUCAGGAGGAAGAACAGCAGGGCGGAGUCACGUCAUUGCCGUGGGUUCACGCUGCGUACCACGCCUUCAAGAACCGCCUGCAGAACCUCUCCAGAAUGAUUACUAUUGAACCCCAGAUUGCUCAGGUGCUCCUGGACAACAGACAGUCCAGAGAAGGGGUGGAGAUGGUGCUGGACGUGUACGCUGCCAUGGCCUGCGUUGAGUACCUGGAGCCCCAGGCUCUGGGCACAGGUGGGCAGUGUGUGACGUGGCUGCGGCAGGUGAAGAAGCUGCAGGUGCCGAUCGAGCUGGUGUGCUCUGAGGAGAAACUCCGGCACUACGGAGAACUCAGCAGAACCAUGCUGACUCGAGUUCAGCACGGCUGGCGUCGGAUCUAUUCUCUCUCAUUGUUUGUUGAGCACUUGCUGAUCGGUGUGGAGAACGUGGACAGAAACCUGAAACCGCUGAUUCUGGAACACACUCGACAGUUAGCUCAGGUUUUGGAGAAAAACUCGGACCUCAAAUCGAAGCAGCCAUUCGAGGCGGUUAUUACCCGACUCAAAGCCUGUAAAGACAGAGUGAAUGAACGCAUCUUCAGGUUUGGUUUCCAGCCCUGUCCCGUGUGUAUGGGGGACCCUCAGAACCCCCUGAGUCUACCCUGUGAUCAUAUCUACUGCCAGGUCUGUAUCAGACAGUGGCUGAUCCCGGGACAGAUGUACUGCCCGCUCUGUAUGCAGGGGGUGGACGACAACUUCGACUUCAGACCUUCAAAACACAUACAGGCCCUGAUCCACCGGAACGCUCAGUUCAGAAAGCAGUGCAACACUUUCUUCAUCGACCUGGUCUCCACCGUCUGCUUCAGAGAUAACUCUCCCCCCAGCAGAGCCAUCAUCCUCCACCUGCUGUCCUUCCUCAUGGUGGAGGCGGGAUCUGUACCCAUCGUUAAAGGCCGUGAUCGGCGUUUCUUGACCAAAGCUCUGUCCCCUUUUGAUGACUCUGUGGACAAAAACCCAGUGGUGCGCUCUGUUGUGCUGAAAUUGUUGCUGAAAUACAGCUUUCAUGAUGUGAAGGACUAUCUUCAGCAGCAUCUGACCGGAGUGGAGCAGAGCAACAUUCUUGAGGAGACUGAUAAAACUGAGCUCUAUUCCCUUUACAUUAACUGCCUGGAGGACUCGAUGUUUGAGAGAACUCAGUGGCACUCGCUGGCUGAGCAGCAGGCCUGUCUGGAGGAGGAGAGGAACUUCCUGCUGGAGUUCCUGCAGUCUAGAGCUGGAAAUAUGAACUCUGCUACCAUAGAGCACCUGCAGCAGGUCGCCAGAAUCCGCCUGUGCCUGGAUAUGGCAGCGGACGUGGUGAUCAACUCUGUUACAGUUUCUGAAGAGGACACGCCUGCCGGACUCGCUGUAUUUUUAAUCAGUGUGGUGGAGCUGUGUACCCGCAGUGGGAAUGACUGGUACAGGGUCUAUCUCAUCAGGAAGAUCUGCAGCCUAAAAGGAGUCGAGUACGUCCAGAAAUGUCUGUAUGAAGAAAAGUUCAGGUGGCUCUUUCCUCAGGAGGUUCUACAAAUGGAUCAGGACAGCAGCCAGAUUGAUCAGUAUCUGGUCGGUGGGGUGGAGUACAAGACUAUUCGAGACGCAGUUGCCAAGGCCAUGUUAGAAGGAAAGAUGGAACAAAUACAAGAAGCUUGUGAGGCAUGCAGAUGUUCACCUGUGAAGAAGACGGUGUACCUGUUAUUAGCUCUGUUCAGAGAAGUCACCUGUCUGUAUAGAUCUACAAACCAGGACUUACACCCUAAAUCUGAGCAACUCGCGGCACUCCAGAACUUCAUCCAGAACUCCAAGGUCUUUAUAAAUGUAGAAUCCAGGGCUUUUGCUCAAACGCUGGUGAUUAACGAGCUGCACGUACGUCCCGAGGCCUCGGGUGGUGAGCAGGCAGUAGUGGAGCUCAUGGUUCACCUGGCUGCAGUGCUGCUUUGUGCCAACCAUGCAGUGUUGCAGCCCCUCCUGCAGCUCGCCCUGCACCCCGCCAACAUGCAGAGAUCCUUCAUACCCACCAUGCCAGACGACAUGCUCGCCAUUGCCCAGCAGGCCAUGGGCCCUCUUCAGUGGUAUUUUUGUGCACAGGGUCAUCCAUGCUCUGUGGGUGAGUGUGGUCAGCCGAUGGAGAGGAGUCGCUGCCCAGACUGCGGGUCAGAGAUCGGUGGUAUUGAUCAUAGACCUGUUGCUGGCUUCCAGGCCAUUGGAAUACAGGGGGACCGUACUCAGACUGGACACAUUCUAGGAGACCCUGGUCGAAGGGACCAGCCGGACAUGCAGGACACGAAGAACAUGUCCCCGGCUCCAUUCUCUCUGCUGAGGAUGCUCACACAUCUCGCCAUGCUGCUGGGAGCCUCCAACCACCCCCAGGACAUUGCUCCGAUCAUUAAGCCUCCUGCAGGUAAUGCAGGUGUGUUUCUGACGGCUCACCUGCUGAAGGACCUGGAGCAGCUGAGCCGAGCUCUGGGGAAGGGGGCUGACGACACCAUCUGUACCGCUCACCUGACCAUCAGCAGCCUCCUGGAGACCCAUCGACCCAACCAGUGGCCUGUAACUUACGAUAAUCUGCUCGUAACUAAAGAGGCCAGAAAUAACUGGGAGAUGGCAGUAAACACCGACAUCAUCACACAACAGCUGAAGGUUUUAGAGAGGCAGUUAGCAGAGGUAAACGCCUUUAUUCGAGAAGACGAGAGGGUGUCCUCCAACCCCGUGAUGAAGCUGACGUUCGGGGAACCGCAGCUGUUCCUGCGCUCGCUGCCCCGCGGGUCGCUAAUCCACAGCUCUGCCGUGUGGAGCUGCAGGGAGCGGGUCUCUCUGCUCAGCCUGACCCAUAUCGUAGAGCAGAACGACGGCCGGGACACACUGCCUGUACUCUGGAAGUUCCUACAGAGGGAAGCCGAGCUGAGGAUGGUGAAGUUCCUUCCAGACAUCCUGUCGCUCCAGAGAGAUCUGGUUAAGAAGUUCCAGAAUAUGACCGAGAUUCCUUACACCACCAUCGAACAGUUCCUACAGAGCCAUAAAGCAGCCUCGCUUAUGGCUUCAUAUGAGAAACGAAUCAAGAUUUUCCUCUCAACAUGGAACCAGCUUAGAGUCUCACUGGCCACCAAUGGAGAGAUCAAGCUCCCUGCAGAAUACUGCCAGGAAGAUCUGGACGUAAGCGCUGAUCUUCAGGUGCUGCUGCCGCGGCGACAGGGGCGGGGCCUCUGCUCAACCGCCCUCGUUAGCUACCUCAUUGCCCUGCAUAACGAGCUGGUCUACACCGUGGAUAAACACACCGGAGAGGAGACGAGCUACACAGUGAGUCCAGCAGACCUGACGGAGCUUCACGUGAUCCGGUACGAGGUGGAGCGAGACCUGCUGCCUCUGGUUCUCGCUAACUGCCAGUACAGCAUGGAGCGCGGCCGCGAGACACUGUCCGAGUACGACCUGCCCAAGAUCCAGCAGCAGGUUCUGACCCGCUUCCUGCAGGGUAAACCACUCAUCACCGUCAACGGAAUUCCAACACUAGUGAACAGACAAGAUAGGAAUUAUGAGAACAUCUUCAAAGAUGUGAAGGCAAAGAUACAGCAAGAGCCGCUGUCGUCUCUCAGUCAGUCCACGCUGGUGCAGGAGCUGCAGUCCUAUAACGACGUGUGUGAAGCUCUGUCCACGCUGGAGCUCGCUCUGGGCUUCCUGGCCAUGACCGGAGGAGAGACCCACAUGCAGCUGGGCAGCUACCUGAAGGAGGUCCUGCAGAUGAUGGAGGACACGGCACCUCACAUCUUCAAGGCUCUGAGCAGGUGCAGUCUGAAACACUGUGUGGCGCUGUGGCAGCUCCUCAGCUCACUCAAAUCUGAGACCAUGAUCCGCCUGAAGAGGGACCCGUUUGUAGGAAUAAGUAAGGAGUAUAAGCAGGUUCUGGGAGAGCUGGAGAAAACGCUGCUUACUGGUUUCUUCACUAAAACCAGUGCUGACUCCUUCCUGCUGGAGAUGCACGAGUUCCUGCUGCUGGUUUUAAAGAAUCCUCAUGCCUCAGACACUUACAGACCCGACUGGAGCCUGAAAGACACUAUUGUGUCCUACAUGGAGAGAAAAGACCUGGACAUCCCUGCGGACGUGGAGGAGAUGUUCCCCGGCGAGAUCCUCCUGUCUCAGUACGUCGAGGCCUGGAAGUUCUCCGUUCUUCUCAAACAAGAACGAAACCAAAGAUAGUGGAUACGUUCCACCAGAACCAACCAAUCACGACUAAAAUCACCUUAAAACUACAUCAGAAUACGUUUUUUGCAGAGUACUUACACCACAGCUCAUGUUUACCAUGUUUACAAUCAGAUUAUUGAUCAUUAUUGGUGUUGCUGGAAGUAUAAUACCGCUGAGGCACGGAUCAAUCUGCUGGAUGUUGUUUAAAAUAAAAUAAAAAACAGUAUUAAAAACAGAAUGCAGAAGCAAUAUCAAUGUAAAGAUUGAUAGAAGAAAGAAGAAAACAUGAGCAAUGCAAUCUGUUUAAUCAGACAAAUACAAUCCUGAUCAAUCUUAGAGUGUCUGAUCUAUAAUCACUGAUUUAUUUAUCUUUCUUUGUUCAAAUCUGGACUCAGGGUUUCUAUUCCCAAUCAAAUCAGGAUUUAAAAAAAUAAAAAAGUCACAAUUUACUCACCUCUGGGACCAGAUAAAGACUUGGGCUGCGUCCCAAUUGCAUAUUGUGUACUAAUCAUACUCAAAAGUAUGGGUAACACUUCAUACCUAUAAAUCAUUAGUUAUGGUGUAUUAAUGAAAGCUGUUAUAAGUUAUAAGCACUACCACUAUAAGUAUGUACUGUAUACUAAUAUUAAUAUUAAUAUCAAUAUCAAUAAUGUGGGUUUUUGACAGGUUAGUACACAUAUAAUACAAUAAAGUACCACUUUAAAAUAAGACUAAUAAAUAUUAAGGGGGUUAUUAAUGCUUUAAAAAUGAAUGAAUAUGAAUUAAUAACCAAUUUAAACAUUGCUAUUAUACUAUUAAUAUCAACAAAUGUUUAAUCAUACAAAAAACAAUUAUUAGGAUAAUGAUGAUACAGAAUAUUUUUAUUAAUAUUACUAAAAAAAGACACUUUAUUUAUUUAGUUUGUUAAUAAGUAUAUGCCAAAUUAUCAUUACUGGUUAAAUAUUAUUAAAUUGAUAAUUAUUAUUAGUUUAAUAAUUAAACAUAUACAGAUCUGGAAAAAAAAUAAAUGAACAUUGUUGUUUUAUUCUAUAAACUACAGACAACAUUUUUCCCAAAUUCCAAAUAAAAUUAGAAAAAUUUGAAAUGUCUGGAAUAAUAAUACAAAAAAAGAGCUUUUAGACCUCAAAUAAUGCAAAGAAAAAACAAGUUCAUAUUCAUAAAGUUUUAAGAGUUCAGAAAUAAUCAAUAUUUGGUGGAAUAAUGCUGUUUUUUAAUCCCAGUUUUUUUUUUCAUGCAUCUUGGAAACAUGUUCUCCUCCACCAGUCUUACACACUGCUUUUGGAUAACUUGCUUUAUGCUGCUUUACUCCUGGUGCAAAAAUUCAAGCAGUUCAGUUUGGUUUGAUGGCUCAAUCAAAGAAACUCAUAAUUUUUAAGUGCCAUCUUAUUUUUUUCCAGAGCUUUAUAUGGUAAAUAUAAUGUAAGUAUUUAUAACAAUUUAUAACCAUUAAUAAACUACUUAUGUAAAGCAUUUAUAAGCCAUUUAUAAUGGUAGUCUUAUUUUAAAGUGGUACCUUGUAUGUAUCAAGAAUAUAGUUUAUAUUUGCGUAUUCUAUAGACUCAGCUAUUACAAUGUUAUUAAUAAUGUUCACUAUAUUAGUAAUACAGUACGCAUUUGGGACGCAGCCUAAAUUAUGGGAUAGUGUAUCAGAGGGAUGAUAUAGUGAUUUUCUGUAGUUUUUCUGUUUCUAGAAUUAAGUGCUUCUCCAUAAAUCUACCUGAUGCCUUACUCAGAUCUCUGCACUGAGCUCUUAUCUCCAGAUCUUCUGCACUUUUAUCUCUUUAUCUCUUUAUUCUACUGUUAGUGAAGUUCUUACGGACCAAUCUGUGUACUAUAAUAAUGUUGCAAUCUACAUGUUUCUUAAAUAAAGCUGUUCUCAAAUGUUCAAAA